AUGACCGCGAAAACCCCUCCAGACUUGCUUCAGCCCAUGUUGUCGUCACAACUACGACGUCCAGAGAUACGAGUUUGGGAUGUCGUGAGGCCUGCGCUUACCCCUCCCUUCUUCGAACGACUCCAAUCGUUUGAAAAGUCUUCAGGGCCCUAUAUGCGUGUCAUAAGAACCGGUGAGACGACGCUAAACGAAAUCGUCCUCGGUACAUACGGAACGCCCUACACAAGCGAAGUCGGGCGAUACAUCGACUGGAAAAUCGCCGUGGCUCAUGCGCUUACCCAUUACUCGACGACGACAGCCUUCCACAUCCGAAUCUUGAACGCUGAGUGGUCGUCUCGACGUCAGAGAGGCGGGGUGAGGGUGUUGCGAACACUGCAGAAGCUUCAGGCGAGGGGAGUUGAGAGGAUCGAAAGCCCCACACCACUCCCUAUACAGACACGACAGCGCUAUAUGCGUGUCAAGGUGCGGGUACUUGAAGAACCGGUGAGACGAAGCUAA